AUGGCUUUUAGGCAAGCUCAUGAAAAUAUCACAUCCAACUUAACUAGUUUAUUUGGAUCAAUACGUUCUAUUUAUCAUUCAUCGAAAUAUAUAUUUGAUGAUGAUCAAGCAGUUACUAAAGUUAAAGAUGAAGAUCUUUUUAAACAGUUGGAAUACAUAUCGCAAUUACAUAAUGGAAUGAAAUUCAAUCAAGGUGAUGAUCUUAUGUGCAUAGAUAUCAGCAAUCCGGGCGAAGAUGCAAAUCUUAACUUAAGCAUGGAAACUAUAAUAUCACAAUACCAUCAUACAGAAUCUCUUAUCGAUGGAUUAUUGAGGGAUCUAGAAAGAACAGAAAGGUGA